CAUGAGGUAGAAGCCAUUGUCAACUCUAGACCACUGAUGUUUCUGCAUGCCUCUUCAGGUGAGCAGGAAGUGCUAACUCCCGCACACUUUCUGACCGGAAAGCGCGUGACGUCGCUUCCAACAUCAUGCGAACCAGACACAAAAAUUGACACCAGCAACGACCUCACUCGUCUUUGGAAGCACCAUCAAAGGCAGCUAGAUCACUGCUGGACUAGAUGGCGCCGCGAGUAUCUUCUUCAAUUACGGUCCGCGCACCAGUCGCCUAACCGUCAGUUGAGUAGAAUGCAGGCUGGAGACUUAGUGCUCAUAGAAGAGGAAAAGACACCACGACAUUUGUGGCGCACAGGACGUGUCCAAGAGCUUCUUCACGGGAGGGACGGAGUCGUACGUUCAUGCUCCGUUGCCUUGCCAGGUGCACAAGUGCUGAAGCGACCAGUGCAACUGGUGUACCCCUUA